AUGGCGCAACUACUUCCAUCAAUCCCCAUCCUGCUGGCCCUUAUCAGCUGGGCGUGUGGAGUCCCGACGGCCCGUAACAUCUCAGCGACUCGACACUUUCAAGUGGACGCCGAGGAUGCACACCUGUCCGUUCCGCAGCUGAUUCUGAAGUACGGCUAUGGCGCCGAAGUGCAUCACGCCACCACCGAAGACGGUUACAUCCUGGAACUGCACCGGAUUCCCAAACCGGGAGCUCCCGUCGUGCUGCUCAUGCACGGACUGCUGUGUAGCUCCGCCGAUUGGGUUUCCAUUGGUCCUGGAAACGGCUUGGCGUAUUUGCUAGCUGAUCAAGGUUACGACGUUUGGUUGGGGAACGCCCGCGGGAAUCGGUACUCUCGGAAGCAUCGCACCCUAACCCCGAAAAUGUUCGCCUUUUGGCAAUUUUCCUGGCACGAGAUCGGCUUCUACGACCUGCCAGCUUCAAUCGAUUACGUACUCGAAAAGACCGGCAGGUCGAAACUUCACUACAUCGGUCAUUCCCAAGGUACCACCAGCUUCUUCGUGAUGACCUCGACCCGUCCCGAGUACAACGCCAAGAUCGCCCUAGCCCAAGCCCUUGCCCCUGUAGCCUUCACGGCGAACAUGCAGAGUCCGCUGCUGCGGAUCAUGUCCCUCUUCCAGGACACGCUGGCCGCCCUGUUUGAAACGUUCGGCGUCGCCGAGUUCGCCCCGAGCAACGCCAUCCUGCACGACAUCUCCAAGCUCCUGUGCACGACCCAAAUCUCCAACAACCUCUGCCUGAACGUGCUGUUUCAGCUGGCCGGCGCCAACCCGGACCAGGUCGACCUAAAGCUGAUCCCCAUCCUGAUGGGACACACGCCGGCCGGAGCGUCCACCAAGCAGAUCGUACACUAUGCGCAGGGCGUUAGGAGUGGGAAGUUUCGGCAGUACGAUCACGGCACGAUCAAGAAUCGGUUCGUGUAUGGGACGGCUGACCCGCCGGUUUAUAAUCUGACGCAGGUGACCGCUCCGGUGGUGUUUUACUACGCGCUGAACGACUACCUGGCCGUUCCGGUGGACGUUGAGCGGCUGUCCCGGGGGAUUGGGAAUCUGGCCGGGUACCGGCAGGUGCGCAUGGAGACGUUCAACCAUUUGGACUUUUUGUUCGCCAAGGACGUGCGGACGCUGCUGUACGAGGAGAUUCUGGGGAACGUUCGGCGGUAUGGUUCGGUUUAA